UUCCGUUAGUUGCCUUUGGUUGGAGGCGGGAAAUAAAAGAAGAAAAUGCAGGCCAAAUUUCAAACCAAACAAACACGGCGUCGGAACUUGGGAAGGCCAUAAAACCAACCGAGAAAACAAGGAAAGAGAGGAUAGAAAUGGAGAAGGGAAGUCCGAGCAGUGCCUUGCAGAGUCUACUAGAAGCCAUUAGAGCUUCCGAUGUUGCGGAGAAGAGAAUUCAGUUGCUCGCUAAGCUCGGAGAUUUGGAUUUGCAUGAGGAAUCCGAUUCGGCUUCUUUGGUUGAAUGCCUUACCACAUUCUGGGAGGACUACACUUGCUUGGAUGUGUCUCAAUGCAUGUUGAAUAAAACUAUAGUCCAUGUGGCUGUGAAAUUCGCAAGUCCAGCCUCAUCCGAUUGUUUGCCGCAGUUUCUUGCCCUGAGUACCAAGGCCAGCUCAUGGUGCAGAAAGCAUUUGAAGAUGACUCUCAUGUCCACACAGGAUUCCCAAGAGGAAGAACACAGCCAGCUCUUCUUUCAGCUUCUUCUGGAGUUGCUCCGCCUAUCAGCUGCUAACAUAUUAUCUUUGACAAAAUAUCCACUUCUGAGCAGCAAGGAAUCAGUAGACAUUGUUGAGAAAUUCAUUCUGGAACUGCUAAAUCUGAUAAAAGACGUGGUCCCAGAGAUUAAGAGGAUUAAUUCAUUGGGCUCGGAAGUACUAAAGGUUGCACAAACAUCAAUUGAUGCUUUGAUAAAUUUGUGCAAGAGGUAUUUCCAAAUUAUCAAUGAGAAUCUAUCUGAUGCAAGGCUCAAAGAUUCUAGUGUCAUAGCUUCAGAAGUGGUCAGUGUUAAGGAUCAUGUUUUAACUAUCACAAAACAUAUGGUUGACAAAUUGUGUGAGUUGGGGAGCCUAGCUGCAAGUGAUGGUGGAAGCCUGGUCACCAUUCUCAAUGUGUCUUGGAAAGGUGUGGUUACUCUGCUUCAGUUGGGCAAGGAAGUAAUAAUGCAGAGAGUAAAUGUGCAAGAUAUCAUUAGGACUUUAACAUCACUGGUGAGUGGGCAUCUUAAAUGUGCAACUGAGGCCUGGUUUUCCACACAAGAAACUGUUUCUGUUGCUGAAUCUAGAAGGACUUUUCUUCCUGUCAAGUUUUACCUUCUCAAUGCAGCUAAAAUAUCAUCCCUGUAUCCGUGCCAAGCAUGUCUUGUUUAUAGAGAAUUAAUGUUCUGCAUUCUACUUAUCUCAACCUUUAGAAUUUCACUGUGUUAUGAGAAAAAUUUGAAGAAUGCUAGUGAAGUCUGCUCUGAACUUUUAGAUAAGACAUACUUGGAUCUUCUUAGUUCUAUACUGAGUUCAGCUGAAGUGAACCCGGAACUCAAGUUAGAACUACUGAACUGGUUAUUCAAUGAUGAAUGUGGUGCCGUCUCCGAGGAAAGAGAUCCGAGUACUUACUACAACAUUGGUUUGAUGAUUGAAAUCUUUGCUGUCAGUUGUGAAGCUGUUCCCAGGUCAUCACUGUUGCUACUUGGUCGUGUUGCAUUGUUCCAUUCUUUGCUUAGCCACUCUGCUGGUUUCGAAGAAGAUGUGAAGAUCAAAAUCACUAGAAAACUAGACUGGUUCUUGGAUGUUAUGGUCAACAAGGACAUAUACUCUUAUGUUCUGACCUUGCAAAUUCCGGUGGUAAAUGGCACUGGGCAAAAGGUGGAAUUGAAUUGGCAGUCCAUGUUUUCAGUUCUUUUAGAUUCAAUCAAAACUUUUAUGAUCAUUUCAUAUUCAAGUGUUGCUUGGGAGGAAUUUGAGGAUUUCUUGGUGGAGAAUAUUUGUCAUCCUCAUUUUCUUUGCCGGGAAAUCAUAAUGGAACUUUGGUGCUUUCUGGUUCGCUAUGCUGAAGAAGAAGUUGCAAAAGCUCUUAUUUGUAAACUUUGCAUUGUAAUGAAGCUGAUAGCAGAUCCUCCAUCACUUGGUUUUCCUACGUCUCUGCUGAGGAAGAUGGCAAGAGCGAUCUGUUUGCUUCUUACUAGUAGUACAGCUUCAACAGCAGAACAUGUUUACAGUUUUAUUGUUGAUGAUACUGGAUCACACUCAUUGAUGGUCAUAUAUUCAGCAUUGCUCUUGGAAGGCUUUCCUCUAAAUCUGCUGCCAGAGAAUGUCAGAACUAUGGCUAAGCAGAAAAUUAUUACAGAUUAUUUUGGCUUCAUAGAGAGUUUUGAUGAAAGCCUGCUGCCUGUCAGCAGUUCCAAUGCGUUUGGAACACCAGUGAUUGCUAUUUGUGCUUCUUUGCAGUCGCAGCAGGUUAGCAUGUCUGACGUUGACUUGAAGACCCUGAAGUUUAUAAUCAAAAUUAUUCAGGACUUGAAGCACCCCAAAGGCAAAUCAACCAAGGAAUGCUGUUUUAUGCUCUUGAAUGUAGCAUUGGAAAUCGUCUCAGCGAUGAAGCACCUAUAUCAAUCUGAUGAGAUGGAGAAAGUCGUUAUAGAACUCCACGGUCUUUUUAUCUCCGGGCCGACAGCUUCAGAUUCUCACCUGCACCAGUGCAAACCACAUCUGGCACUCUUCAUGGGAGGGCUUGGUGACAUGCAGAUGUCAGAAAGUGAUGAUUGUGCGAAGAGCACCGCAGUGUGGGAGUUAUACCACAUGCUGUUGAAGGAACGACACUGGGCGCUCGUCCACCUUGCCAUUGCAUCAUUUGGGUACUUUGCUGCUCGUACAUCAUGCAAUCAACUCUGGAGGUUUGUCCCACAAAACGCUGCCCUUUCUUACGACGUUAUGUCAGCAAGUGAAGCAUCGGAGGAGAGGUUUAUGUCCGAGCUGAAGGCGUUCCUGGAGAAAGAAGUCGCUGUUUUAGCAACCAUUACAGCCAGCUCGCACCAGCACGAGUUGCUUGUGAAGGAAGGAACCAUGCUGAGAGAAACGGUUCAGAAGAUUUCCAACACCCGCAUAGAAGAAGAGGCUACAGAACCUGCAGGCUUGGGAUCCAACGUUGACACCCAAUGCAGCAAGAGAAGAAAACUCCCCGAUGGAAUUAGCAGAGGAGUUGAGUUGAUACAGAAUGGUCUCAAGUUCAUUGGCGAUGGUCUUUCUCAGUGGCAACAGAAUCAUAAUGUCGAGUCCACUGAACUUCAAGAGAAGUUCCUGGCUCACUUUUCUCGUCUUGAAGAUGUGGUCUCACACCUAUCAGGCUUGACCGGCAGUGGCUGAAAGUUAUCUUCUUACUGCAUCUCUGUCACUGAACAGAACUUUCUCAGGCGUUCGAAGUUUUCACCGAAGUUCACCAAAUGUAUAUCCUCAGCAGAAGCUCAUCAAUCCUGUAAAUGAAAGUCAGUCUAGGUAUGCCUAUUUUCUCCUUAUGUUUGUGGUAUAAGAUUGAAGUUGCUGCCACUAAGUAACAUUUGUGGCAUUAUAGUUCUUUUAGUGGUAGGACUUUAGAUCUUGCAAAUUGCUGUAGAGGGGAAGGCUAUCGUCAAUUCGUCAUGGGGCGAAAACAAGGGCAGAGGUUAAUCUCGAGGGGAUUCAUUUUUUGGCCAUGUAGUCGUGUUCGAUUAGACAGAUUCUUGUGUUAUACAAUCGACGUACCUUAUUCUAAUCUUUUUAUAGAGUCACUUGGACGAAUAUUUGGAUAUCUAACAUGUAGACUUAGAAUUUUAUUCGACACAAUCCCGAUUAUCGUAGUCAGUGAAAUAUGGUUAGAAAGGAAUUGACGGCGGUUAAAUACUAUAAUGAUCGUUGACGUCUUGUUCUCUCUCAACACUUCGUGUUUGCUGUUUCACUUUCCCGUUGAUGAUUCUCACGUUCGCAAUCUAAAUCCAAAAUACUUGAUCAUCAUCAAAACUUGACGCAAUACAAACCUAUGUUCUGU